AUGGCGUUUGUAUACAUACCAGUGCAGAACUCCGAGGAGGAGGUGCGAGUGGCACUGGACCAGCUGCCCCGCGACGCCACAGACAUCCUCGAUAUUCUCAAGGCCGAGCAGGCUCCUCUCGACCUCUGGCUCAUUAUUGCCAGGGAGUACUUCAAACAAGGUAAAAUUGAACAGUUUCGACAAAUAUUGGAAGAAGGGUCUAGCCCAGAAAUCGACGAAUAUUAUGCAGAUGUGAGAUAUGAGAGGAUUGCCAUUCUAAAUGCUUUGGGGGCAUAUUACAGCUAUCUUGGCAAAAUAGAGACAAAACAAAGAGAAAAGGAAGAGCAUUAUAUUAUGGCGACACAGUACUAUAACAAGGCAUCAAGAAUUGACAUGCAUGAACCUUCAACUUGGAUUGGGAAAGGUCAGCUUUUACUGGCCAAGGGUGAUGUUGAACAAGCAUUUAACGCUUUCAAGAUUGUACUGGAUGGAGACCGGGAUAACGUUCCAGCUCUUCUUGGUCAGGCUUGUUUCCACUUUAGCCGUGGUCGAUAUAGUGAUUCAUUGGAGUUGUAUAAGAGGGCCUUGCAAGUGUAUCCUCGGUGUCCCGCAGCUGUAAGACUUGGAAUAGCUCUCUGUCACUACAAAUUGGGUCAUCUUGAAAAGGCAAAACAAGCAUUUCGUCGUGUUUUACAGGCAAAUCCAGAAAAUGUUGAGGCUCUUGUGGCACUGGGAAUUUCAGAUCUGCAAACUAAUGAAGCUUCUACUAUCAGAAGUGGAAUGGAAAAGAUGCAGAUGGCUUUCGAGAUAUAUCCAUACUGUGCCAUGUCACUGAAUUAUCUGGCAAAUCAUUUCUUCUUUACUGGUCAACAUUUCCUCGUUGAGCAACUGACUGAAACUGCACUUGCUGUAACUACACAUGGCCCAACAAAGUCACAUUCUUACUACAAUUUAGCUCGAUCUUACCAUAGCAAGGGGGACUAUGAAAAGGCUGGAAUGUAUUAUAUGGCGUCCGUAAAAGAAAGCAAUAAGCCUCAUGAAUUUAUCUUGCCUUACUAUGGUUUGGGGCAGGUUCAAAUGAAAUUGGGAGACCUGAGAAGUGCCUUGUCAAAUUUCGAGAAAGUCUUGGAGGUUCAACCAGAAAAUUGCGAGACAUUGAAGGCUCUUGGACACAUAUAUUUUCAACUUGGGCAAAACGAGAAGGCCCAAGAACAUUUUAAGAAAGCUACCAAAGUCGAUCCUCGAGAUCCUCAGGCAUUUCUGGAUCUGGGAGAGCUGUUGGUGUCAACAGAUGAUUGUGCUGCUCUAGAUGCCUUCAAGACAGCUCGUAAUCUUCUGAAAAAGGGAAAUGAGGAAGUACCAAUAGAGCUGCUCAACAAUAUUGGGGCUCUCCAUUUUGACAAGGAAGAGCUUGAGCUUGCUGGUGAAGCCUUUAUGGAAGCUCUGGGAGAUGGCUUAUGGCGUAACUUUGUUGAUGCUAAAGCACAAUCCAGUUUUAAAAAUGUGGACCAAUCAGAUGUCAGUGAAGAAAGAUUAAGUCCUAGUCGCAAAGUCCAGUCCAUCUUAAUAAAUAGUGCACUAUAUCCAAUUGAUGCCAGCUCAUCUCUCCAUCAACCCAGGGACUUUCAAUUAUUUCAUCGACUUGAGGAACAGGGUACAUCUGUCGAACUUCCUUGGAAUAAAGUUUCAACACUGUUUAAUUUUGCCAGAGUAUUGGAGCAGAUGCAUGACACCGAAACGGCUAGCAUCUUUUAUCGUCUAAUACUAUUUAAGUAUCCGGACUAUACAGAUGCUUAUCUGAGGCUCGCUGCCAUUGCAAAAGCUCGAAAUAAUAUUCAACUCAGUAUUGAACUGAUUGGUGAUGCUCUGAAGGUGGAUGACAAGUGCCAAGAUGCUUUGCUAAUGCUCGGUGACUUGGAGCUUAAGAAUGAUGACUGGGUCAAGGCAAAGGAAACUUUCCGGGCUGCUAAAGAUGCAACUGAUGGGACAGAUUCUUAUGCUGCAGUUUGUUUGGGAAAUUGGAACUGCUUUGCAGCCAUUCGCAAUGAGAAAAGAGCUCCUAAGUUGGAAGCUACACAUUUAGAGAAGGCUAAGGAACUGUACACAAAAGUUCUGCAACAGAAUCCAGCUAACCUCUAUGCAGCAAAUGGGGCUGGUGUGGUAUUGGCAGAAAAAGGUCAAUUUGAUAUAGCUAAGGAUCUUUUUACGCAGGUACAAGAAGCUGCAAGUGGAAGCUUUAAUGUCCAGAUGCCAGAUAUCUGGAUUAACCUGGCUCAUGUUCACUUUGCUCAAGGCAAUUUUGCAUUGGCUGUGAAAAUGUAUCAAAACUGUUUGCGAAAGUUCUAUUUUAAUACCGACAGUCAAGUGCUUCUCUACUUAGCACGCACGCAUUACGAAGCUGAGCAGUGGGAAGACUGCAAAAAGACUUUACUAAGAGCCAUUCACUUGGCUCCUUCAAAUUACACAUUUCGGUUUGAUGUAGGAGUUGCAAUGCAGAAAUUCUCAGCAUCGACUCUUCAAAAGACUAAAAGAACUGUGGAUGAGGUGCGAGCAACUGUGGCGGAGCUUAAGAAUGCUGUCCGUUUGUUCAGCCUGCUGUCUUCAGCCUCUAAUCUUCAUUUUCAUGGAUUCGACGAGACGAAAAUUGGAACUCAUGUUGGAUAUUGCCAGCACUUGCUUGAUGCGGCAAAAGUUCAUUGUGAGCUUGCUGAGCGAGAAGAGCAAAAAAAUCAGGAAAGGCUAAAAGUUAUGCAACAGAUGGAGUUGGCUGAUGAAUCCCGCAGGAAGGCAGAAGAGCAAAGAAAGUUUCAGUUGGAGAAAAGGAAGCAAGAGGAUGAACUGAAGCAAGUUAUGCAACAAGAGAAGCAUUUAGAGCGUAUCAAGGAACAAUGGAAGAGUAGCAUUUCUGCUUCUAAGCGCAAGGAUAGGUCCCAAACUGAAGAGGAGGAGAGUGGGCAUGGUGAGAAAAGGAGGAGAAAAGGUGGAAAGCGCAAGAAGAAGGAGAAGACGUCACAUUAUGAAUCAGAAGAAGUAGAAGCUGACAUGGAGAAUCAGGAUGACGUGGAAUAUGAAGAUGCCAAUACGAAUUACAGAGAGGUACCCGAUGAUCAAGUAGAAAACAAUCCUCAAGAUCUUCUUGCAGCAGCUGGCCUUGAAGAUUCUGAUGCUGAGGAUGAUACUGCUGCACCUCCCUCAAAUGUGAUUCGAGGGAGACGAGCUUGGUCGGAGUCGGAUGAAGAAGAGCCAUUGCAGAGGCAUUCGGAGCCUGAUCAUGUCAUGGAUAUGCAGGAAAGUGAUGCAGAAGGUGCCUCUGACGACUAA